CCUUUCUUUUCUUCUUUUUCUUUUUCCUCUUUGUUCAAGUAUAUGACGUCGUUGGUUAAAAUUAUAGAUACAGAAUAACAAGAAAGCGGCGAAUCUCGCUAUUUUGCAAAGUAUUCGCAUGAUAUUUAAAAAUUCAAGCACUUUCCUAGAAAAAGGAAAUAUAUAUUUAUGCGCUGUAGACAUUUUUCGCCAACUCAACGAUAUUGGGAUGAUAGAAGAUAUAGAAAAAAUGAUUUUACUGGUUAUUAGAAAUAAAACUGCGACGGCUGGUUGGAUAAAAUCCGAGGAAAUUAUUAUUCUAGUGAAAAUCUAUAAAACGAUGUACGAUCAUAGGUAAUUGAUUUGGAAUAUUUGAAUUUUUCGUGGAGAAAAAAAGCUGGCAAGUUAUUUAUCUGUCGAUGAAAGAAUAUUGCAGGCUAAAUUCGAUGAAGGUAUAGAAGUUGGAACGAUAAUCUGUAAGAUGUGUAAUUAUAUAAACUUUAAUGAAAUAAAGUUCAACGUUCUACCGUCAUUGAUAAAAAUUAUGGUAAAGAAAAAAGAAAAGAAAACAAAAAAAAAAAAAAGAGAAAGACUCAUCAAAUACCUCCGCAACGUGGAUUAUUUUUUUUUUGCAUGUUUAAUCGCGAAACUUCAAUUUCAGGUUUGGAAGAAACACAUAAACGAAGCUGUCGACUUGUUAUUCGAACUGUAUUACACCUCUGGGGAGGAUGUAGAUUAUUCCGCCACCACAUGGUAUUACGCUCUUUGCUUGGAAUUUUUAUUGGAUGCCUCUAUGAAUUUAGAAAGUUACAGUAGCUGUAACAAAUUUUACACCUUUAUAAAUACCAAAUUGAAAACUUGCGUAUCGCGAGAUCCAACGAGUCUGUUGCAUCUGAACAACGCUUUACUUAUCUGGCAAUUAAGAAUGAACGUACCGCUCAACAACGAACUUGUGAAAGAUAUAGAAGAAUACGUGAAGGAUGUCGUAUCUUACAAUUUCUCGGAAAUUUAUUGCUCGAUCAAGGGCCUCGAGUCUUAUUUGUUAAUAUUGUAUCGGCGACUCGAUAUUCCGCAAUCGUACGAUCUUUUCGAUCGAACGUAUUACGCGAAAAAGAUCAUCAAGUUCCUCCACAACGUGAGCAUCUAUUUCCCGUUCGUCAAGCCGUUCACAUAUUUCCUGGAAUCUUACAUGAGACUUCUCCGUGGUCGAAAAUCUACGUCGCAAGCUUGCAUGGCGAAGGCGGAAAAAUACGCCAUCGCCCAAGGGAACAAAAUGGUCAUCGCGUGGAUCGAACAGAACAAAAGGACUUGGGAGGUGGAUUUCUUCAACAACAUGGCGGAGUAUUGGGUGGAAUUCGUGGCAUCCUCGGAAGGCAUUCUGUGGCAAGAGAUCCAUUUGCUCAAGCCAAUAGCUUGGUCUACUAUAUUGUACCCGUAUCCACAUCCCAAGUACAAUUAUUGAUCAACCAGAUUCUUGUCCCGAGGAAUCGCGAGGAAGGGGAAGAGGAUAAUGGUGAGAGAAAAAUAGACACGGUAGGCAACGAGUUGUAGCGAAAUAUUUAUUGAUUGAAGAAGGCGUAUUACGGUUUCAGGGUCUAAAAAAAAAAACGUAUACACGACGAUCCCCUCGUGUGUACAUUGAUACUUGGUUCAAAAGUGAACGCUCUCGUUCUUUCUCGGUUCGUUUCUCUCGUCCGCAAGGCGACCUCCGCGCGUAAUGAACCUCCAGAUCGAUUUUAGGAAACCUCUCGCGACCAGUUUUUUUUAUUUCUUUGCGUUUGUACAUCCACGAUAUAUACUUUAUAAUUAAUUAAUUAAUUCGUCUAUCGGCCGAGUACGCCAAGGAUACAAGCUUCCAGUUGAACGAGAUAAAGGAUCGAGGCGAAGUUGAGACAAGUAAGAUGAGAGAAAGUGAAAAAAAAAAAAGAAAAGAAGAAAGAAAAGAAAAGAAG